CGGUGCUGCUCACACCCUGCAUCGCACGCAGCGAGACGGGAGCGGGCGGCGGCGGCAGCAGAAACAGCGGCGCAGGAUGGGGCUGGAGCUGUACCUGGACCUGCUCUCGCAGCCCUGCCGGGCGCUCUACAUCUUCGCCCGGAGCAACAACAUCCCCUUCGAGUUCAAGCGGGUGCAGCUGAUGAAGGGGCAGCACAAGACGGAGGAGUUCCGGAAGGUGAAUGUCCUGAUGAAGGUGCCUGCACUAAGGGAUGGUUCUUUCACCUUGGCAGAGAGCAUUGCAAUCCUCCUGUACCUUGCCCAGAAGUUCAAGACUCCUGAUCACUGGUACCCAUCUGACCUGCAGAAAAGGGCGAGGGUUGAUGAGUACCUGUCAUGGCAGCACGCCAACAUCCGUGCAAAGGGGAGCAAGGUGUUCUUAUCAAAGGUGCUGCUGCCUAUCCUCACAGGCCAGCCACUUUCUGCAGAGAAACUGGAAUUUCUUAUUGAGGACCUCAAUGUUGUCCUAAAGCAGUUUGAAGAGAAGUUCUUGCAGGACAAGCCCUUCAUCGCAGGCAGCGAGAUCUCCCUGGCAGACCUCGUAGCACUGGUGGAGCUCAUGCAGCCUGUAGGUGCUGGCUACAACCUCUUUGAGGAGAGGCCAAAGUUGGCGGAGUGGCGCAGGCGGGUGGAAGAAGCUGUGGGGAAGGAGCUCUUCCAGGAAGCCCAUGAAGGGAUCAUGAACAUUAAGAACUUAACCGCUGAUCAGUUUGCACCUGAACUGCUGGAGAGUUUCAAGCAGCAGCUCCUAAAGCAGAGAGCAAACUUCCUACCAGCACAAUAAAUGUCUCCCACAGCUUCUGCACAAGUAGAAUCAGAGCAGAGAAAUAAUCAAAACCAAGAGCCUAUUCUGCAGAGUGCUAACCCUGACAAACCUCAGACCAGGCUUGGGAGCGGAGCCUUUCCUGACACACAUCUCCCUGCAGAAUCUCCAGACAGGGCUGCUCUGCACGCAAACCAUUGCAUGAGUCAAGGUAAAUAAAGUGUCUUUCUUUUCAUUUUCUAAUUUAUGAUACUUGUAGCACAAGAGCUCCAUGUAAGAGUCUUGAGCCAAUUUUCUGCUUGUUGGAAUAAAGCACAAGUUCCUUAAAUGUCACCCAUUGUGUGCUCCUGCAAGGACGGCUGCCUUCAAAACCAAGCCUGAACUAUGUUCAGAGCUGGCUCUCUGGUGCUCCUCCACAAAGGAUAAGCACACUUGCCUCACUCCAGCCUGGUCAUGGUGACAGGAAGAGAUUUUAAAUUGUUUUUCCCAUAGUCUCUGGUCUGCUGCAUGUUCAUGGUGCAGUGACCAGUGGUAUUUUGGGCCCUUCUAUGCACAUAGGACAAAGCACCUCCCUAGAGCAACUCCUUGAAUGGUCACAGAGUUGUACAACAGAUGCCUUGUUUCUUGCUCUAAAUAGUGGAGAUAAGGCAACUCAUCCUUGUACUUUGCCUUUUGCUAUCCCUACACCUCUGCAUUUUGUGUCAUUUGAUCUUGUUAGGUUCCAGUUCCUAGACUGAGACCCCUGAGAGCUGCCUGCCAAAACCCAACAGGCUGUGCAAGAGUUUUGCCUGCCUUGGUGCAAGGUCUAUUGUUGAGUGUCCACUCCCCUUUCACCCUGAAAAGGGAGAGGGUCACACCUCCAGUGUCAGUUUAACGUGCUGUUCGAUUCAAUUUGCUCAAUUCUUGCCAGGGGUUAUUUGGAAAUAGGUGAGAGCCUGUGACUUUUAGAAUAAAAUGAAGCUGGGAUACACAAAAUGGGAGGAAUAGUAAAAAAAGCAGAUCCACAUCCUGAGACCUUUUCUAAAUUACU